AUCAUCGCCUCCUCCACCGCGUGCGCCGCCUCGCCACUGGCAAUGCCGGCCCGGAGGACGCGAUAAGCGCGGACAGAGAAACCCUCAAAUCUGGGGCCAGGUUUACUGCUACCCGCGCGUUUAGCCAGGAUGAUCUAGCGCAAUAUUCCGCCCUCUCUGGCGAUAGCAAUCCCAUCCACACGCAGCGAUCGUCCGCCCAGGCCGCCGGCUUCGCUGGCGGCUGCGUCGUCCAUGGGAUGCUCACCGCGGGGCUCUUCCCAGCGAUCAUCGGCUCCAAUUUCCCAGGCGCGAUCUACGUCUCCCAGACGCUGAAGUUCCAGCAGCCGGCAUUCGCAGGAGACGAUCUUGUGGCGCAAGUCACUGUCCUGGAUUGCGUGAGGAUCAAGCGACACUACAAGGUGACUUUCGCGACAUCUUGCUUCAAAUGUACUACGCCAGACGCGAUCGUGGUGGAUGGAACUGCCGUGGCGCUCUUGCCAGGAUGAAGAAGAGGAGAAAAAAGAGAGACAAAGGGACAAGAAAGCGUUUCUCCCAGUUUUCGAACCCGGGUCUUUGGCGGGCAGUUAUCUUUGAACGGCAGAUCUCGCCGUCUAUCUGGAAACGGAAGAUUCCGUCGACACAUUUUCUAGCUCUGUGCAUGCCAAGAAAGGAAUAUGCGUCGCUCGGCUAUAACGGCGUCGAACUUCACAUAAGCUCUUACCCGCCCUAAUUUGUUCUCGGUCUCCUCUCUCUCACUCCGGCUAUGGCGAUCGCAUUGUGGACGGCAUUGGCGUGAUCUCUUACGCGAGCUCCAGAUCAAGGCGCAGCUCCCGCCUCCCGAUCGAUCGAUCGCUGGUCCUCAGCUUAGAUCUCCCCACAGCCAUGACGGCCGGCGCGGAUCGGUGCAAUGGCGACUCCCACUACACGCCGCGCAACAUCCUCAUCACCGGCGCCGCGGGCUUCAUCGCUUCUCACGUCGCCAACAGGCUGGUCCGGAGCUACCCGGGCUACAAGAUCGUGGUUCUGGACAAGCUUGACUACUGCUCCAACCUCAAGAACCUUUACCAGUCCAAGGAGAGCGCCAACUUCAAGUUCGUCAAGGGCGACAUCGCGAGCGCGGAUCUCGUGAACUACCUGCUGAUCACCGAGGGGAUCGACACCAUCAUGCACUUCGCGGCGCAGACCCACGUCGACAACUCGUUCGGCAACAGCCUCGAGUUCACUAAGAACAACAUCUACGGCACUCACGUCCUGCUCGAAGCGUGCAAGGUUGCCGGCACCAUCCGCCGCUUCAUUCACGUGAGCACGGACGAGGUGUAUGGCGAGACCGAGGCCGACGCCAUUGUGGGCAACCACGAGGCGUCACAGCUGCUGCCCACGAAUCCUUACUCGGCGACCAAGGCUGGAGCCGAGAUGCUGGUCAUGGCUUACGGCAGAUCUUACGGCCUCCCCUUCAUCACCACACGGGGGAACAACGUCUAUGGCCCCAACCAGUUCCCGGAGAAGCUCAUUCCAAAGUUCAUCCUCCUGGCGAUGCAAGGCCGGCCGCUUCCCAUCCACGGCGACGGGAGCAACGUUCGCAGCUAUCUCUAUGCUGAGGACGUGGCCGAGGCCUUUGAGGUGGUGCUUCACAAGGGAGAGGUUGGUCACGUAUACAACAUUGGGACGAAGAAGGAGCGGCGGGUGCUGGACGUUGCCAAGGACAUCUGCAAGCUCUUCAAGCUGGACCCGGAGGUGUGCAUCCAGUUCGUGGACAACCGGCCCUUCAAUGACCAGCGCUACUUCCUGGACGACAAGAAGCUCAAGGACCUCGGGUGGCGCGAGAGGACCACCUGGGACGAGGGGCUGCUCAAGACGAUGCAGUGGUACACGAGUCACCCGAACUGGUGGGGUGACGUUUCUGGCGCGCUGGUCCCGCAUCCCAGGAUGCUCACCAUGACCGGGGAGAAGCUGUCCCACGAGGACGAGGAGUCUACCGGACCUGUGGUGGGGAACAUCGGGAUGAUUGUUCCACAAAAGGUCUCGCCUCUCAAGCCGGCGAUGAAGCUACUGAUAUACGGGCGGACAGGCUGGAUUGGUGGACUCCUGGGAAAGAUCUGCGAGAGAGAAGGGAUCCCGUACGAGUAUGGAUCCGGCAGGCUCGAGAAUCGGUUGCAGCUCGAGGCGGACAUCUUGACAGUGAAGCCUACACACAUUUUCAACGCAGCAGGUGUGACGGGUCGGCCUAAUGUGGACUGGUGCGAGAGCCACAAGGUGGAGACUAUCAGAGCCAACGUUGUCGGCACACUGACCCUGGCCGACGUGUGCAAGCAGCACGGAUUGCUGCUCAUGAACUUUGCGACGGGCUGCAUUUUCGAGUACGAUGACAGCCACCCCAUCAACAGCGGCAUCGGGUUCCUGGAGGAUGACAAGCCCAACUUUACGGGCUCCUUCUACUCAAAGACUAAAGCAAUGGUGGAGGAGCUCCUGAAAUGCUACGACAACGUAUGCACGCUGCGCGUGAGGAUGCCCAUCUCGUCCGACUUGAGCAACCCGCGCAACUUCAUCACCAAGAUCACGCGGUACGAGAAAGUGGUAGACAUCCCCAACAGCAUGACGGUGCUGGACGAGCUGCUGCCGCUGAGCAUCGAGAUGGCCCGGCGCAACUGCACGGGCAUCUGGAACUUCACGAACCCGGGCACGGUGUCGCACAACGAGGUCCUGGAGAUGUACCGCGAGUACAUCGACCAGGGAUUCAAGUGGUCCAACUUCACGCUGGAGGAGCAGGCCAAGGUGAUCGUGGCGCCGCGCAGCAACAACGAGCUCGACACCAAGAAGAUGGAGAAGGAGUUCCCGCAGCUCAUGCACAUCAAGGACUCGCUCGUCAAGCUCGUCUUCGUCCCAAACAGCAGCAACGGGGACAAGAAGUGAGAGAACCACCGACCAUUUUUUCACCCCCUUUGUUUUUUUUACAAUUGAGAAGAGAGUAUACAUACGUAUAAUUCCAUUUAAUAAAUUCAACCAUUAGAACCCUA